AUGGUGGUGCCUGCAGUGACGGCGAUGGAGGCGGUGACAGCAGCUCCAGCAAGUAGUAGCCAUGAUGGCGGAUCAGAGAGGGGGCUGAUGGCGGUGACAGCACUGGCAAACAGUAGCCAUGAUGGUGAAUUGGGGGGCUAUGAGGUAUUCUUAAGCUUCAGAGGGCCUGACACCCGCUUAACCAUUGCGGAUUCUCUCUACGAAGCCAUUAAAGAUGUAGGGAUCCGCGUUUUCAAAGACGACAAAGAGCUCCGAGUUGGUAAAGAGAUUGGAGGCAGUCUUUUGCAAGCAAUCGACGAAUCCAGAAUUUACAUCCCGAUUUUCUCCAAAAAUUACGCUUCAAGUAAGUGGUGCCUCCGUGAGCUCACGUACAUAGUGAAGUCAUCGAGAGAUGAUGCUGAGAAAGUGAUACUCCCUAUAUUCUACUACGUGGAUGCGGAUGAUGUUAAGCUAAAGACCGAGUUAUAUAGACAAGCCCUCCAAAAGCACGAGAAUGACUCCGGGAAGGAUACGGCAAAGCAGUGGGAGGAGGCUUUAAAAGAGGUUGUCAGAAUUAAAGGAUGGAAUCUAAAAGAUUACCGGUAUCGUUAG